AGUACUUCCCCCAUGUGUGCACGUCACGUGUUCCUGUGACCCACGUGUGGAGACUCCCUAAACACAGCAACAUGGCGGCCUGUGUGGAGGAGCUGCUCGCCAAAGCUCAGCGCGAGGAAGAGGAGAAGCUGAAGAGCAUCUCUGUGGCCAAGGAGCUCGAUCUAACUUUUGAUAUAGGUAACCUGCUCGCGUGUGACUCGAACCCCGUGGACGCACGCGCCCUAAAGGAGGAUAAAGAGCUGUUUCUGCGCUCAUUAGCACGAGACAACACGCAGCUGCUCAUCAACGAGGUAUGGAAGCUGCGCGCGGAGAGGCUCGAGGAGGCUUUAGUGGUCAAACUCCCCGAGACGAACACUAAGCUGCCCCGCGCGAAGCCUCCACCGAAGCCCCGCGCCAGCACCAAAUGGGAAGAGUUCGCAAAGCUGAAGGGGAUCCAGAAGAAGAAGAAGACCAACCUGGUGUGGGAUGAGAACGCUAAAGACUGGAGGAGACGGUGGGGGUACAAGAGGGGGGGGGACGACACUAAGGAAUGGCUGAUCGAAGUGCCUGUCACAGCGGACUCGAGCGAAGACCAGUUCGCCAAGCGAAGUCAUGCGAAGAACGAGCGCGUGGCGAAGAACGAGUUCAACAGGCUUAGGAACAUCGCGAGGGCGCAGAAGGUCAAAGUGCCAGGCGUGGGUCUGACCCCCGUGGCGUCGCAGGGUAAGGAGGAUCUCACCCGGGCCGCCAGCGUCGCCCGGACCUCCACAGCCUCCGCCGGACGCUUCCAGGACCGCCUGCCCAAAGAGAAGCCCCUGAGGAACCAGGGCAAGAGAAGGAAGUUCGAGCCACUCAUCGGGAACUUCUCCUCGGAGAAGCAGAAGCAACUGGACCUCCUGAAGCUGAUGGACAGCAAGAGGCCCAAGCUGGACGUCACCAAGGCCGUCAACAAGCAGAUGAGGGAGGAGGACCAGGAGGAGGCUGCCGCCAAGUACAAGAAGGGGAAGAAGGGAGGACGUAAAGGAGGAGGCAUGGGAGGGAAGGGAGGAGGAGGCUUUGGAGGGAAGGGGAAGGGAGGAGGAGGAGGCUUUGGAGGGAAGGGGAAAGGAGGUAUGGGAGGAAAGGGGAAAGGAAAAGGAGGCAUGCCGGGGAAGGCCAAAGGAAAAGGAGGUAAGGCUGCACAAGUAGGAGGGAAGAGGAGAGGAAAACCCGGCAAACGCUGAGUAGAACCUCAAGAAACUGGACCUUUAUUUUGAAACAGGAAGAAACUGGUGACUCUGUCUGUAUACAACAAAUACUCAGCAAAUGAAAACCUCUGGAGUCUGUUUCUGUUUUUCAUACAUUCAGAUUUAUAUUGAACCGCUGAGAGCAUCAGGACACUGGACUGGACUUUUAUUUUGGAACAGGAAGUGACUGAUGGCUCUGAGAUGUGUCUGUGACCUGCCUCUGGAUUAUGAUUUAUGUUAUUGCAAUCAAACAGGGCUUUACCAAAUAGUUUAGAAUGAGGUGCAUGCGUCUUCAAACGGAUAAAUACAUCUCAAACUGUUUAAAGAGUUUGUGUGUUUUGUGUAAUGGUCUUAUUUGACAUGCCUUCUGCAGCCCUGUCAGUGCUACUGUGUUUCCUCCUUUCUUCAAGUCAUUUCUGAUCAUUGUUUGCUCUGGUUAUUGUUAUUUCUCCAAGUAUUUCCUUUGAUAUCGAGCAGGCUUCACUCUGAGCGAAGAGCAGUGAAAUGUGUUAAAACUGCUCAAAAAUGAUAUUUUAUGCCUUGUAUACAUUUUUGGACAUGAAAUAUAAUAAAAGAUCUGUUUAUAACACA